AUGGAUACUGAGCACCAAGAGAUACCAGACGAUUUCGACAAGCAUGAAUCUGAUGGCGAUACUGGUGAUCAAAUGAACCAAUCUGCACUGUAUCAUGCGAUUCGAUCAGGACGGACUGAAGUCGUCGAAGAACUGUUACACCACCACCCUCAAUUGAAUCAUGUUGACCAACAAGGGCCAGCGCUCAUUGUCUACGCCUUCGAUAACCCGGAUAUUUUGCGUUUGUUGCUCGAUGCGGGCGCCGAUCCUAAUGCACCCGGUCAGGCUGGCUGGUCACCGAUUUUUUAUGCUGCAAAGUUCGGCAGCGCUCAAGUCAUUCAAACCCUACUCGCUAGCGGUGCUGAUUUGCAUACUCGAGAUAACCACGGAUGGACUCCAAUUUGCAUUGCAGUCGACUAUGAACGCGAUGAAAACAUAAUACAAGUCCUGAUAGAAGGUGGCGCUAAUUUGAUGGACACUACCACGGAUACUGGAAAGGGACUUCUUCAUCUGGCCGUUUGUCGUGCUCCCCAUGUUAUCAGACUCCUUUUGCAGUUCAAAGAACAGCUGGAUCUAGACCAGAGAGACCUCGAAGGCUGUACGCCUCUUUUAUCUACGAAAGGAGAGGGAGACAUUGACGCUCUCACAUCGUUGAUUGAAGCUGGAGCGGAUAUAAACGUGGCAGACAGCUAUACGGAAACGUCACUUCAUUGUGCAAUUGAGUUUGAGACAGCGCCUUUCCGCGAUUUACUCUUAUCACGGCCCGAAAUUGAGGUGAAUUGUGUCUCUGUCUAUCUGGGGAGUCCGCUGCACUCUGCAUGUCGUCGAUCGCACCUGGAUUGCGUGAAGGCUCUGUUAGCACACGGGGCUGACCCCAAUUUGAUAUCGCCCAACACAUGGGACCAAACGCCGUUAAUUUCGGCAUUAUUACCAAGCGAAUAUGCGCGUGAAGAUAUCAUUUUCUCUAUGGAGAACGUUGUUCAUUGUCUCGUCCGAUCGGGAGCAUCUGUCGGAAUGGUAGUCUCGGCAACAUUCUAUUGUCCUCUGGCAACAGCGUGUUUCUCAGCUACCCCAAGCUUGAUCGAUUUUCUUCUCGAUGCUGGCGCUUCACCAGUAUGUGUCGAUCCUGUCUCGGGAAGACUGCCAAUUCACUUCGCCGCUGCUAAUGGUAUCGAAAACUUUGAUACCGUCCUGCUUGCUUUCCAGGAUAACAUGAUGGUGACCGACACCUACGGCAAAAAUUGUUUACACUGGGCAUCUCAGUAUGGUAAUAACUAUACCGUGGAAUAUAUUCUUUCUCAACUCGAGCCCUCUGAACGGAGCCAAGCGGUGGAGCAAGCAGAUUGUGAUGGGUGGACGCCGCUGUGUUGGGCUGUCUGCCCCCUCUUUAACCACUAUCUUAAUCAGAUAGGCUCCGAAAGCAGAGACCACGUGAAUACUGUUCGUAUAUUAUUGAAAAAUGGCGCAAAUCCAGCGGUGCAAUGCCGGCGAGGCACAGAGAUCUUGACGCCGCUUGAACUAGCGCAACUGUGUAAUGCUGGGCCCGAGAUAAUCUCCCUUCUUCGGGACAUAGUCUCUCUGCAAUCGGAGUUGGAUGUAGCAUCUACCCCCAAGCGUGUACAGAGCCGUGUUCACAAUUCGGAACUCCUAAACGAUGGCCAGUCUCACGUCAUUAACCUGAGACCCGGGGUGACUGAAUACUACGAGUCGAAAAAUGCAGUCUCCGAUGAAAGAUAUAAUGAUACAGAAAGAGGCUCCAGCCAGAUGUCCAACUCAGAAGCGACACUAUGGGAGACAUAUGGCGACGAACUGGAGCAAAUGGGGUGGAGCACAUGGAAUCCAGCAGGAUUCUAG